GGCAGCGAAUCGAAUCCCUGUGGAGGUGUUCGUCUGUGCACGGGGCCUGCAUAUCCUAGUCCUCGGCGCUUAGAGAACGCUGGGACUCCUCUCGCCCAAAAAUAACCGGAUACGACCCAUACAGCGGCCAACAACAACAGCGCAUCCGCGCCAAGCUAGUGUCAUAGUACAUACAAUAAACACUCUCUUCCCCAGGCGCCAAAGAGUACCUGUCUGCUGGCCUCGCUCUCUCACUCUUCCACUUUGCUGUGGACGAAGGCAUAGCACAGCUCGCAGUAAUACCGACAAGCAUCCAAGUCAUUCGUUCAACUCAACGGUAUACUCAACACCAUGGCUGCGACCGACUCCAAACCCACGCUAUCUACACUCAAGACACCCAUGUCUGCAACCUACCCCUCGGAACUCAGGUCGCCCAUGAUCACCUCUGCAACAACCCCCAUCUUUGCCAAUAUCAAACGGGAGGAUUCAGAUCUCAAGACACCCAUCACACCACCGACAGCCUAUCUCGAGUUCCUCAAAAACUUAUCACCUGUCCUGUCAAGCCCAAUGUCCACUGGUACUAGCUCCAGGUUUGUCUUUGGUGACAGCCGCCCCACUUCAGUAACAUCAUCGGCGUCCAGUGCAUCAUUCACAUCAACAUCGGCUCCGGCAGACAAAACUAAGAACAAAGAUUCGCCAACAACCUCAAGGUCAAGCAGCUGCAGCAGAUGCGACACCACCAAGGAUGAACCGCCAAUGUCUGCACCUCCAACCAAGGUCCAGACGGUCACUAUCCCACCACCAUCACCUUUCACACGACCCCAUUCUGCGCGGACACCCCGCCUUUACAUCCCCCAAUCACCCUAUUCGCCCGCUGCAGUACGGUCACCAGCCAGCGCAAAGUCUAUCCAAUCACCGUUUUCUGCCGUCUCAUCACCCAAAACCUGGGAUGCGGAUAAGAAGACUAGCCGCUCAAGGCGCGUUAGUGUGCGCGAAGUUGUUACACGGACAGUGACAUACAGUCGCACACCCGUCGACGCAAAAGCUCCACAGUUUCCGCAAAUUGACCCCGCACCCCGCGGUAAGAGGAGGAAGGUCGAGUAGAGAUGCGCGAUCGUUGCGCAGACCACCGCUUCUGGACUGCUUGGAUUCAGCAUGGGCAACCGUCCUGUGCUACUCCAUGACCCCUUCAAGCUCUGCACUUGCGCUCGGCCGUAACGCUUGCAUUCCCAUUCGUCAAAUGUCUACCAUUUUACAUUAUACACGACUUACACCCUCCAACCCGGCCACUUCAACUAAUUACUCGGGUCCAGGCGAUCCGAUCGCAACAUUAUCUUCAAACAACAUCAUCAAUCACGACACGACAUAACUACCUCAUCACUCCAUCACUAUCCAUAUCCCACUUUUCUUAUGUUUACUAUCCCACAUCAAUAGAGAAACGACGUUAUGGCCACGUCACUUCUCUUUC